GAAUACAAUUACCCAAACCUUGAACAACAAAUAUACAAAUACUUAAUCAACAAAAAUAGUCAUAUAUCAGAAUAUUUACAAAUAUCAUUCUUAGAAAACCUCCAACAAAUAGAUCCACAACUCAAAGAAGAAUAUUUAUUCCUCGAAAAUUUUGAAAAAUUAAAAAGAAUUUUAAAAGCACAAUACAGCUUAUUACGAUCAAAAUAUCGCGGAGGAAUAUAUUCUGAACCAUUAACCAAAGAAGACCAACAACAGGAAACAUUACAACAAGAAACAUUACAACAAAUAUUAAAUAACCUUCCACGAACAAAAUACCUUAAUAUAACAACACUAUUAAAAGAACUAAUCAAUAUAGAAUACUAUAAUUAG